AUGGAGGAAACCACUCAGCUCACGCGCCCAACGCCGGCUGAAGAGGCCGAGCAGCAGCCUGUCCAUGUGCUCGACUCGGGAGCACCAAUCCCAGCUCCCCCGCCCUCGAGCUCCGCCCUCUCUGAGCCCCCGGAAAGUGGUGAUAAGGACACGCGACCAGGCGCGCCAGAAGAGACUAUCUCGGGCUUGGAGUUGCUGGAGAACACUCGUCCUCUGGAGCAAGCCGAAAAUGCUGUAAAUUCGGUCAAUGCCAACGCGACCGGUGCGGCGAGUACGAGCAUUGCGGGCUGGGAAGCGGCAAAGGACCAAGUUGCCCACGGCACGGCGCCUACAAUUAAUCCUCCAAUGCCAGCAGCUCGAGGAAUCAGUACGCCUAGACGAGGUCGUCCGCCGAAGCGAGCCGGUGUUGGCAGUGUCGCCGGGGGAGGUCACGACCCCAGUGCUGUGAAAACAGAAGACGGAGUGUCGCAAAGCACACCUGGGUCGUCGGGACGCGGUCGGGGAAGAGGGAGAGGUGGAGGUCGUCCGAGAGGAAGAGCUCGCGGUUCUACUGCGAGAGGAGGCAAGCGGAAACGUGAAGACGACGAUGAUGGAGCUUCCGACUCCAGCGACGAGGUCACUCCAAUCGCCACAAUGACCAAGUCUGGUCGAUCAAUCCAGAAACCAACGAGCUUUGUCCCGCCUCCUCAAUCUCCUACGACCACACAUAAGCGGAAGCGUCCAUAUAAUCGGAGGAAUCCGGAAUCAGCAGUCUGCAGGGCAUGUUUGCGUGGCAAUAGUCCUGCCAGCAACAUGAUUGUAUUCUGCGAUGGAUGUAACACGCCGUAUCACCGUUGGUGCCACCAUCCGCCUAUCGAUCAGGCCGUGAUAGAUGAGACCGACAAGGAGUGGUUCUGUCACGAAUGCGAGAGUGAAAGAGUCGUACCCGUACCAGUCGCAGAAGUGGAAAGAUUUGUGAGCGCUGAAGGAGCUUCUGCUGAUGAGGUAAGAGAACUGCCAAUUUCAUAUUCCACACGCGAAGAGUAUACUAAAAACAACAGCGUCAGGCAUAUUUCUCCACGUUGCCACCGGGAAUGCUCAUCACACUCCUGACCAAAGCCACCACACUGAAACCGGACCUACCUCUUUUCCCACCCAAAUUCAAAGCCCAACUCCAACAGACCGCUUCGGCGUCGACAAACGGCCAUGCAUCAUCAUCAAUGGCUCCACCAGCGCCGCCUCCUCACCACGGCAUCUCGAGGCCGCCACCAGACGAGGAAGAAUACGACGAAGACGUCCACCCUCCAAACUACCCACGCCCUGGCCAAGGCCUGCUGAGCACCUUGCCUCCCGAGCAAGAAGAUCUGCAAUGGCUGGUGGAAAACGACGACAAACAUGGAGUGUUCACGCACAUCUAUCAGGAUGAUAAGACGAUCCAGAAGGCCGUUGCGACUGGCAGCGUGGGCGACGUGGCUGGAACCUGA